UCAUUAAAAAAGUAAAAUAAUAAAAGUAAAAUAAAUGGUAAUCCCUAUUAUUUCCCUGAAAAUGUGUUUCUAUGUGGCUGCUUGCUCCCUGUAUCACAAUGGUUUAACUUAAAAAUAAUUGUAUCAACCUUUAUCACAUCAUUAUAACCAGCAGGGGUGCGUCUGCAGUUCUCUUUAGCUGCCGAAUAUAUUAACGUUACAACCGGACUCUUUGACUCUUCUCUGGUGUCAACAAGCGAUGAGACGUUCUCCACAACACUGUUAGAACGCUAAAUAAGUGCUACAGUGUCAACCACAGCUGUUUUUAAUGUACCAAUACAGUCAACUCUCAAUCAUGACAGUGUCAAAAUACUCUCCAUUUCAUAUUCCGUCAAAGAAAGAAGUACAGGUUGAUUGGCGAUGGUCUUUGGCCAUCUGUCAUGCAGGUCAUAAUAAGAUUUUACACGUAGUGGGUAAUAUGGAACAUGUCACUGAAGACACGCCUUCAAAAGUCAAUAAAGACAUUCCACAACUAGAAGCAAAGCAGUCAGAAGUCCACUAUGUUACAUGUGGGUGUCAGUAAAAAGCCUGCAGAGCAGGAAGCCCUCUUCUUGCUACGCCCUGCUCAUCCUUUAUAUUUCAAAUGAACACAGCCGUCCACAGAGCCAGGACACCGCUCAACUUAUUGGAAAUGGAGGACCAGGGAUUAAACAACACAAGACCAAUGGAACAUGUCAAAGUGAAUAGACAAUCUGAAGAUCUGAAAUCCACCCACAUGGACGCAAGGCCUCUGAUUCCCGACAGGGAUCCCAAAAGAGAUACUGAAGGUAUCUUGGUCGCAUUUGAGGAUGUGAUAGCAGAGCCUCCCUCCGUGCGGACCUUUGAUCACGUGUGGUCAUGGAGUCACGCCCUGUUGUCCAGACUGUGUAUCUACGGCUUCAUCUCCCUCCUUCUGGCAGUGCCAAUCUCACUGGCAGCAGGGAUCCUCUGUGCUAUGACCAGCUUCCUUCACGUCUGGUUAAUAAUGCCUUGUGUACAGCUCGUCCUCAUCAACAUGCACAGGGAUCAGACGGUGUUGGGCAGCAUACUGAACAUUCUCAUUAGCCCCUUGUUUAUUAGUAUUGGAAAGAGCUGUGGUCGAAUCGACAUUCAUCAGGAAAAAGAUGAAGACAAAUAGGAAAAACAUGUAAAUAUGUUUUGGUUAAGACUGAAAAAAAGCUAAUUAUAACAGGUUGCUAAUUCCAUACAUGUAAACGAUCAUCAUGAUAAUGAUCCUAAAAUAAUGAUAAUGGUCAUAAUUACAUUUGAUUACCUUGUAUAAUUGCUCACUUGCAUGUUGAUGUAUAUGCCAAUUUGUCCUUUUUGUGAUUAUUUUAAUGUAUAACCCUAAACCAGGUACCGGAACAAGCAUGUGUUGAUUAUGUGAGGUACAUUUAUUUUAAACGAUAUUAAAGUAUGAAUCACUGUGAUUAAAUACUAAUAAAUGAAAUAAACCUAGAGAUUCUGGCUUGUAAAGGAAAAACAGAUAAACUAGCAGAAUGCAAUAUCGGCUUUAAAUAUCAAAUGGAAUUUCAAUUUUGUUAUUUAUGUAAUGCUUUUAAAUAAGCUUAAUAAAAUCUAAUCAGUGAAAUUAAUUAAAUAAUGACAUUUCAAUUUGAAUGUAAUUCAUUUUCAUUUUUACUGUACCGCAAUAGUGAUAACAUAAACAAAUUUGAAACAGCAUUUUUGUUAUGCAUUAUUGUUUCCCCCUUUUAACCAACAAUGCUGAUUAUUAAAAAUGUUCAUUAUUAAACGGACAAUUUUCUUUUUAAAUCAUAAAGCCAAUGACAGCACAGCAUCAUACAUCGGACAUACACCACAUUCCCAUUUUCAAGGUCAUAGUUUAAGUGCAGGUGAGCAGUAGACUUCCAUGUGGUGGCUGUGCAAAACUGGCAACUGCACUGUAAUGAAAUCCAGUAGCAAAGUAUAAUCAUUAUGUAGCCAAUCUAACUAUUAAUGGACUCAUUUGCUGCUUCUACACUCCAAAAUCACAGCAGUAAAUCUAAGUAACGUUCACCUUCCAGCUAUAAGAAUACCCGCUUUCUGACUGGCGCCUGUAGUCAAGAAUAGCUAAUAGUUGGCCACCGCGCUAGUUCACCAAGACGCUGCCUCAAGCGAAGAGAUUUACUCCUUGUGCACAAGUACUCGAUUGACCUCUUUCACUUCGUGUCGUUGGAAGUUGUGAUGAGUAUUCAUCGACUUGUUUUAGCACCAGUUUCUCAAUCGAGCCGGACUCAACUUCUGGUGCUGUUUGGUUGUCUUUCCCGGCACUAUCGAAUCACUACUUAGAAGCGGUGGGACUUAUUUCCGUUGUCAAAAUUGAAGUCUGCAUUGCCCGUAAAAAAAAAAAGCCAAUAACUGUGACCUCUUCUAGCAAAUGUUGAAAAUAAAAUCACUUUGACACAUUGUUAAGAAAACAAAAAUGGCUUAGGAGUCAGCUGCCAGUUAGCUUAGCAUAGCUUAGCUUAAGAAACCCUUUUCAUGAGGGGUAGAGUGUAUGACUAGUAUGUGACUUUUAAUUUGUCAGUUGGAGUUACCUGGUGUGCAAUGUAAGGUGGCUUUUAAUAAAUUACACAAAUAAAAUGUAUUGAGAUAUUAAGAUGGUGAUGGACGUAUUUUACUACCUUUGGAUUCAGCCACACCCUUACCAUUAUGUUCUAUGGCUAAAUAUAGGUCUGAGAGCCCGGUGCAUCUGCUUACAUUGAAUAAAAGA